AUGAAAAGCUUUUACUUUGUGGCCGGAUUAUUUGUAAUGCUGGUACAAGGCAGCUGGCAACGUUCCCUUCAGGACACAGAGGAGAAAUCGAGCUCAUUCCCAGCUCCUCAGAGAGACCCGCUCAGUGAUCCAGAUCAGAUGAAUGAAGACAAGCGCCAUUCCCAAGGCACAUUCACCAGUGACUACAGCAAGUACCUGGACUCCAGGCGUGCCCAAGAUUUCGUGCAGUGGUUGAUGAACACCAAAAGAAACAAGAAUAACAUUGCUAAACGUCACGAUGAAUUUGAGAGACAUGCUGAAGGGACUUUUACCAGUGAUGUAAGUUCUUAUUUGGAAGGCCAAGCUGCCAAGGAAUUCAUUGCUUGGUUGGUGAAAGGCCGAGGACGGAGAGAUUUCCCAGAAGAAGUCACCAUUGUUGAAGAACUCCGCCGCAGACAUGCUGAUGGCUCUUUCUCUGAUGAGAUGAACACAGUUCUUGAUAAUCUUGCCACCAGGGACUUCAUCAACUGGUUGCUUCAGACCAAAAUUACUGACAGGUGA